ACGCGAAGGGAGAGAGACAGAGAGAGGAGGAUGUUGUACUGUAGAGUGACUGUACAUUUAUAGGGGCUAUAUUCCCCGCUACGCUCAUGGGGCUUUUGAAAGCCGAAUCUCUUAAGAAUAAAACAACUUUUUGGGCAACGCGUGAAAGUUGAAGACUGGUUGUCCAUGAGCGGAGACAUCAUCGUUGAAGAUUUAAAAAAAUGUGCCCAAGACGCCUCUGAAGGAAAGCGAAGACCUGCGGAGAAGUGCAGAGUCUGUGCAUUUAGUUUGUUUUCUUUUUCAGUCCGGACUUUUAUUUCUGUUCUGAAAGACUUUGAAAAGCUCCGGCGUGUUGCAGCAGAGACUGCAGAUGAACUCACCGCGCAAACAGGAAUAAUAUUACUCAAAGAGCCGAGAGUUUGGAUUCAAGGUUUAGCUGGAUGAGCAGCUUCGGGUGAACUACUGUUAAAUGGGUCUUCUGUGUUUGGACACUGAAACUGGCUUUUGUCAGUGAGUAGGACAGUGCUAGGAGCUGUCCAUCACUCCCAGAACCGCGAGGCGGACUUGUGCGCAAUCUUUACAUAUUUUCCCCAGCAGUGACUUAAAGGAUUUGCGCGUCCGCUGUGGAUGAUUUAAUAUGCAAGGAUGGGUCCGCUAGCGUUCAUCCUUGUUAGUGGAUUACUGUACUUUCAAGCUGAUGGAUCCCGGCUGCGCCAGGAGGACUCCCCACCCCGGAUUGUGGAGCACCCCUCUGACCUGAUUGUAUCCAAAGGGGAGCCCGCCACUCUCAACUGUAAAGCGGAGGGGCGUCCCACCCCAACAGUGGAGUGGUACAAAGAUGGAGAGCGGGUGGAAACGGACAAAGACGACCCACGUUCACACCGCAUGCUGCUUCCAUCCGGCUCACUUUUCUUCCUGCGCAUCGUUCAUGGACGGCGGAGCAAACCGGAUGAGGGGGCCUACGUCUGCGUGGCCCGGAACUACCUGGGAGAAGCCGUCAGCCGUAAUGCGUCUCUGGAAGUAGCAUUGCUGCGAGAUGACUUCAGACAGAAUCCUACUGAUGUGGUGGUGGCAGCAGGGGAGCCAGCAAUACUUGAAUGUGUCCCUCCCAGAGGUCAUCCUGAACCCACCAUCUACUGGAAGAAAGACAAAGUGCGAAUCGAUGACAAGGACGACAGGAUUACUAUUCGAGGAGGGAAGCUUAUGAUCUCAAACACAAGAAAGAGUGAUGCUGGCAUGUACGUGUGCGUGGGCACCAACAUGGUUGGAGAACGGGACAGUGAGACAGCACAAGUAACAGUGUUUGAGCGACCAACCUUCCUUCGGAGGCCAAUCAACCAGGUGGUCCUAGAAGAGGAGAUGGUGGAGUUUCGGUGCCAGGUACAAGGAGACCCCCAACCAAAUGUUCGCUGGAGGAAAGAUGACAUUGAUGUUCCUCGUGGGAGGUAUGACAUCAGGUACGACAAGGAUGACUAUGUGCUAAGAGUGAAAAAAGCUUCCAUUAGUGAUGAGGGCACGUUCACCUGUGUGGCAGAAAACCGUGUGGGCAAGCUGGAGGCCUCAGCCACUCUCACAGUCAGAGCUCGCCCGGUUGCUCCACCGCAGUUUGUCAUCCGUCCACGGGAUCAGAUUGUGUCACAAGGCCGCGCUGCCACCUUUCCGUGUGAAGCCAAAGGAAAUCCCCAGCCGGCAGUUUUCUGGCAGAAGGAGGGGAGUCAGAUUCUGCUGUUUCCCAACCAACCGCAGCAGCCCAACAGUCGCUUUUCAGUGUCGCCCAGCGGAGAGCUCACCAUUUCAUCUGUGCAGCGAGCAGAUGCCGGCUUCUACAUUUGCCAGGCUCUGACCGUCGCAGGCAGCAUCCUCGCUAAGGCUCAACUGGAGGUCACAGAUGUACUCACAGACAGACCCCCACCUAUUAUCCGACAAGGACCAUCCAAUCAGACCCUUGGGGUGGACAGUGUUGCACUGCUGAAGUGCCAGGCAUCGGGAGACCCCAUCCCCUCCGUCAGCUGGCUGAAGGACGGGGUCAGUCUGCUGGGAAAGGACUCCCGCAUGUCACUGCAGGAGCUGGGCAGCCUGCAGAUCAAAAACAUAAAGCUUUCAGACUCUGGGAUCUACACAUGUGUGGCUACCAGCUCAAGUGGUGAAACAUCAUGGAGUGCUUUCUUGGAAGUGAAAGAAUCAACUGCAGUGAUAGUUACAAAGAACUAUGAUGAGAACGAGCUUCCAGGUCCACCAUCUAAACCCCAGGUCACCGAUGUUACCAAGAACAGCGUGUCCUUGUCUUGGCAGCCUGGGAUGACUGGAGCAUCUCCCGUCUCUUCCUUUGUCAUUGAAGCAUUCAGUCAGUCUGUAAGCAACAGUUGGCAAACAGUGGCAGAUCAUGUCAAAGCCACCCAGUUUACAGUCAAAGGUCUUCGUCCUAACACCAUCUACCUGUUCAUGGUACGAGCAGUCAACAGCCAAGGCUUGAGUGAUCCAAGUCCAAUGUCAGAUCCUGUUAGAACACAAGAUAUAAGUCCUCCAGCUCAGGGAGUGGACCACAGGCAUGUGCAGAAGGAGCUUGGAGAGGUCAUAGUUCGGUUGCAUAACCCUGUUGUCCUGAGUCCCACCACCAUUCAAGUUACAUGGACAGUGGACCGUCAGUCCCAGUUCAUCCAGGGUUACAGGGUUCUGUACAGGCAGACAUCAGGGCUUCCUUCACCAGGACCAUGGCAGACCCAGGAUGUGAAGGUGCCCUCUGAGCGCAGCGUCAUCCUAUCGUCGCUCAAGAAGGGUAUUGUUUACGAGAUCAAGGUUCGGCCUUAUUUUAACGAAUUUCAAGGCAUGGACAGCGAAUCCAAGACAGCACGGACCACUGAGGAGGCUCCCAGCGCUCCUCCUCAGCAGGUAACAGUCCUGACAGUGGGAAAUCAGAACAGCACUUCCAUCAGCAUCUCCUGGGACCCCCCUCUGCCAGACCAUCAGAACGGCAUCAUCCAGGAGUACAAGAUUUGGUGCCUGGGGAAUGAGACACGUUUCCAUGUAAAUAAGACGGUGGACGCAGCCAUACGCUCCGUGGUGGUGGGCGGGCUGCAGGUGGGAGUGGUGUAUAAUGUGGAAGUCGCUGCGAGUACAAGUGCAGGAGUGGGAGUCAAGAGUGAACCUCAGCCUAUAAUCAUUGGAAAAGAGUUCCGGGACGUGAUCAUACACGGAAACCGGAACAACAGCAUCACAGAACAGAUAACUGAUGUGGUGAAGCAGCCUGCUUUCAUUGCUGGUAUUGGAGGUGCUUGUUGGGUCAUCCUCAUGGGCUUCAGCAUCUGGCUCUACUGGAGGAGAAAGAAGAGAAAGGGUCUGAGCAACUAUGCAGUUCAGUCCUUCACCUUCACCCCUGCAGUGACAUUCCAAAGAGUUGAUGGUGGUCUGAUGGGCAAUGGAAGCCGACCGGGCCUGCUGAAUGCCAGUGACCCGGGCUACCCCUGGUUAGCCGACUCCUGGCCGGCAACCAGCCUACCUGUCAACAGCAGCUCCGGGGGACCAAACGACCUGACUAAUUUUGGUCGAGGAGAUCUUCCCACUGGACAAGGAGAUAAAACAGGCACGAUGAUGUCUGAUGGAGCCAUCUACAGCAGUAUAGACUUCACCACUAAGGCCAGCUACAACAGUCCAGGUCAGACAUCCCAAGCAACUCCUUAUGCAACCACUCAGAUCCUCCACUCCGGCAGCAUCCACGAGCUGGCUGUGGAUCUGCCCGAUGCUCAGUGGAAGGCCUCUCUCCAAGCUAAGCAGGAAAUGGCAAACCUGGGCUACUCCUUGCCUGACAAGAACUCCUGCAACAACACCCUCCUUUUCAUUCCUGACUACCGAUUGACCGAUGGAUUGUCUAGUAGAAUACCACACAACCAAUCACAAGAUUUCAGCACCACCAGCUCUCACAACAGCUCAGAGCGAAGCGGCAGUCUCUCAGGCGGAAAGGGAGGGAAGAAGAAAAAAACCAAGGCUAGCUCUAAACCUCCCAAAUCCAAUGGGUCCAACUGGGCCAAUGUUCCCCUCCCCCCUCCCCCUAUUCACCCUCUACCUGGCACAGAGAUGGACCUGUAUCCCAAUGAGCACCAUGAAGGAGGGUAUGAGAUUGACAACUGGGGCCCACCCAUGCCUGUACAGACAUACCUUCAUCAAGGCAUGGAAGAUGAGCUGGAAGAAGAGGAGGAAAGGGUUCCCACGCCACCCAUCCGAGGAAUUGCCUCUUCGCCAGCUGCAGUCUCCUUUGGACAGCAGUCCACAGUUACCCUUACCCCCUCUCCUCGGGAUGAGAUGCAGCCCAUGCUUCAGGCCCAUUUGGAUGAGCUGACUAGAGCAUACCAACUGGACAUGGCUAAACAGACAUGGCACAUGCAGGGAGUCUCUCUUCCUCCCCAGGCUCCAGCUCCUCCAGUAGGCUAUGUGUCAAGCACAAUGGUUUCCGACCUGGAGACUGACUUGCAAGAUGAGGAGGAGGAAGAGGAGGAUGAGGACGAGGAUGAAGGCUACGGAGCCAGGCAUCCCCGUGGUAUCGAGCACACACCAGGGUCUAGCAUGGACAACCUGGACAGCUCUUUAACAGGGUCCAUGAUGAAUGGGUGGGGCUCAGCCUCGGAGGAUGAACGUAAUUUUUCCAGCCAUAGAUCCAGUCUGGGCAGUUCUUCUGAUGGCUCCAUCUUUACCCACUGCAGCUUUGCCCAGGCCCUUGUGGCUGCUGCAGACAAGGCAGGCUACCGCCUUGAGGGAACUAGCCUCAGCAAGAGAGGCAAAGGCUUGUCCCACAGGCCCCGUCCCAGCAGUCCAUUUUCAACAGAUGGCAGCACAGUUGGCACACACAGCUUGGGCCACCAGAGGGCCACCAGGCCCACACGCAAACCACGAAGUCAAGGCACAACACCUCACCGGAGAGAUGCUGGUGUAGACGACCUACCUCCUCCCCCUGAACCUCCUCCCUGUCAGGGGCAGGGCCGUAUCCAAGGGGCUCGCAGUGCAAGCAGCAUGGCACCACCCACAGAUAGGAAGGCUUCUUCUCUGGAGCGCACGCCCAUGUCAGGACCCCUUUGCGGGCCAGACGACAUGAAGAACUCCAUUGAUAGACAGAUGCGAACCUCUCUGGAACAUCAUCGCCAGGGUCAGGACAGGUUGGGCUCUAUGGACAGGGCAGAUGAUGCACGCAGGGGCCACAAAUCAGAGGAUGGAUGUCUGCCAUACAACAAACCAUCAUUCCCCUCCCCUGGAGGGCACAGCUCCUCUGGUACAACCUCCUCCAAGGGCUCGACGGGGCCACGCAAGACCGACGGGCCACGACAACCACAACAGUGGACUGCCACGGAGCAUGCUGAAUUUCUUGGGGCCAAUGGACAUGGAGAAUUAUAGUGAUCCACACGGGCUGUAAACUGGAGCCUCCAGUUUGGGCCGACGAACUUUAUCAUUACCUGUGCAUUCUCAGAGAGAUGGAGCACAGCAGCAGAGAGAACCACGGCGAAAAGCAGUUUCACAGAUCUGUAUAUGUGAUGUAAAGACACAAACAUACUGUACAUCUCACAAUGGUUUUGUCCUCAAGAAAAUAUUUUCCACCUCCUACCUUACUGUAAUUUUUUUUGUUAGAAAAAGGCAAGUAAAAAAAACGAAAACAUCUAUGUGGAAAAAGACUUUGUUGUACCUACCCUUUGGGAAAAGGGAAUUUUGUUUCCUGUAAAUAUUUUCUUUGACUUGUUGUUGCAUUGCUAUGCAAACCUAAUAGAGUUUCAAGGUUUUUUAUUUUAUUUCCAUCUACAAUAACAGUUGGGCUUUACCUGGUUAUUUGUACUAUAUGUGAAUUAAGUGGCUUUUGUGCCAUAAGAUAAUUGUUUUUUAAUCCAACAUUUGUCAAUAGCUACCAUUAAUUAUUAAUAUUAUUAUCAUUAUUAUUAAUAUUAUUAAUUAUUGUUUUUUGCACUGCAAUUUUUGGUGAUAAGCACAAAAACAUAGCUCCUGCUGACAUGAAGAACCGGAAGAUAUGUGAAGAGGAGUUUCUGUACUGUAAAGUAAAGAGAAGAAAAUUAUAUUCUAGUGUACAGAGAGAUAUUAAAGAGUAAUGCUUUUCUCACAGAUGGCACCCAUUUCUGACACCAAUCCUGAAGGCGCAAAGUGGAGAUAGAAGGCCUGAGAACAGAUCAAAAAAUGUGGGCAAUUCAUUGUUUUGGGUUAGAUACUAAUUUGUUGUUCUUCGAAAAUACGUUCUCUUUUUUUAUUCAUGGUGUAGUGCCUAUAAAUCAUUUCACAAAACUGAUGUCAUGCACCUACACAAUAAAGCUACAAAUGUUCAGUACAGCAAGCGGUAUAAUCUGUCUGCAUGUCGACAUCCAGUCAAAGCACUUAGAAGCAGAUUUAGGCCUUUUGUGAUAGAAAAUUUUGUUUUAUUUUUAUCAUGAGUUGCAAACCCACUUAAAUACCAGUUGAAUUAGAUUGUUUAUAUUUUAUUUAUUUCCAACCCAAUUUUGUUUCAAUUUGUGUUGCUGUAUGAGCACUUAUUUUAAUCAUUUAGAUCUGAUAAAAUAUCAAUGAAGAAAACAUUUUGUUCUACUGGCGACAGCAAAGCUAUCCAUGCGAUCUAUUAAAAGAGAUGUUGAAAUAAAAAUUGGUGUCUCAGAUAUGAAACAAAUGGUCAGUUUGCCCUUUUGUCAGUUCUUAAUACAGCUUUGUGCCCAGGCGUUACCAUUUCAUCCCUUCCUAUGUACCUAUAUCAGUUCAUUCUCUUAGUUAAGAACUUAAAAAGCAAUUACAGGUGGAAAUAAUCAUAACAUCUCAAAUUUCUUGUUUAAUUUAUUUGAACAUCAAAUCCUUUAGGCAUGGAAAGGUGUGAUUGAUUGGUUUUAUCAUAACUUUAGGUAAAAAUAUCACGGUAUUAUGUUAUUUACUCAAAAAAACACAAUGUAGUUGCUUCUGUUUAAAACCUAAAAGCAACAAAUAUUCCUACUGCUGCUAAAAUAACAUACUUUGUUGAUUAUUGCAGUUUCAUUUUAUCUACAGUUCAUUAUUAGGGAUUUUGAUAUGUUGAUUGCUAAAUAUUGUUCAGGGUUUAAAGGUAAACAUGACUAUUGCACAGAAUUCAAACAUUUUUGCUGCCCAGCUCUGUGAAAUCAAUAAGCUAAUAUAGAAUGGUGAUUUAAAUGGGCUAUCUGUUUGAUUAGCAAGCCUGCAGUCAUCUGCUUUACUGACAUCCUACUCAUAGCUUACCAACUGUUGUUUUAAAACAGUGUUACCUUAAUAAGACAUGAGGCACUCAUUUAGGCUGGUUGCCAAAGAAAAAACAGCAUUUUGUUUAUUUGUGGGAAAAAUGUUGCAGGAUUCUGUGAGCCAGCUGACACACAGUGUGCAGGAACAAUAGGGCAGGGACAUUGCUAGGGUACUCUGUGUUCCAUACAGAGCACUCUGGUGCUUUCUCUGGAAACACUUCAAAAGUACUUUAAACCGUAGAAACAAUGAGAUAGAAAACAUCUGAUGUUUUGAAAAAGUGACUUUUCGGUAUAACUUGAUAUCGGUAAUUGGUCCACGUCCACAAGGAAGCUAUGAAAUUAUGCUAGCUCGCAGCAGCUCUGUUUUGCACCCAAAAAAGUUAGAAAUGGCAAAACGGCAAAAUGACCAGCAUCCAAAAAAGGCACCAACAGCACAGUUUUUGGGUGAGAGAACGAAUGAAAUAAAGGCCUAGUGUGUUAGUCAGUGGGUUCACUGCCUUCAUGCCUACAGCCACAGUGGGGAGCAAAAUCACUUUCUUAUCCGCCUGACUGCCACAAAACCAUGCUCUUAUCAUUUACCGCUUUUGACUUCACAAUAUCUGAUUUUAGAUGCAUCUUUUCCAGCAACGUCCGUUUUGAAAGCUAAGCUUGUUUCUUUGUAUGCCUUUUAUGGACUCCAAAACGCUGCUUACGAUGUUUUUCAAUUGUAAUGUUCAAUGACUGUUUGUUUUGUCUUUUUUUUUGUACUGCUAAUGUUGAUAAUAAAUGGGGGGGGGGGGGGGGGGGGGGGACUAAAGGCCAUCAAAUGCUGUCGUACUGUUGUCGUAACGCCAUUGUCGUAUUUUAUUUUAUUUUUUUAAUGAUCCACCCAGUGGCCAGUGUUCUGGGAAUGAGGUGCAGAGAGUAUCUCAGGUUAUUUUACAUUCUGGUGGUGUUUAUGUAUGUGUAUAUAUGUGUAUAUUUCCAUACACAUCUCCACUUGAUUUCAAUCCUUUUUCAUUGAGAAACACUUCCCUCCCGUGUCCGAAUCUGUCAUCAGCCUUUUUAGUUAUUUUAUUUUCUGCUGUGGACUUUGAUCCCGAUGUGCUGGUUCAUCCACCUUACGACAAGAUGUCAGUAAAAGAACAUACCAAAUUAAGAUUGAUAUUUCUAAUGUCUAAUGCAUUUUAGUGUCUUUAAUACUCAGUUUUCUUUUAAAUCACAGUGUCGUUUUGUAUUUAUUAAAAUGAUAAUAAAGGUAUAUUGUGAAAUAUGCAUAAAGAUUUGUGAGAUAUAAAAUGUGUUGUUUUUUUUAUUUGUUCCUUGUAAACUUUGGUGUCGCAGCAGAGCAGCGAGGCCAUUAAGAGAUGAUGUGGAUGCUGUGCUCACAGCAUGGUGAUAUGCCGGGUCAGUCAUCUUCCAAGUCACUCUGUGUCUUGCAUGUUCACUGCACUGCUCUCCUCGAGUCAACACUUUCAACACGAGGAGUUAAAACACAAUUUGCUUGUCAAGACAAAGAGAAAAUGUCUUUUUUGAAGGAUGAAAGUGCUUUACAUCUUUCGCUCAUUUUCUCAAUAUUGUUGGUUCUUUGUAGCCUAUCUGUGUCUUUCCUUUUGCUAUAAAGAAGAUUAAAAAUGACAAAAAGUGAAAGUUGUUGGGUGAAGUCUUUCCUGUACAGCAUGGGGUGAAGUAACACUCCAAAUCCAAUGCCAUUUCUACAGUACGGUUCUCCAUUUUCUUUUUUCCCCUUUCUGUACACCACCUUCUGUAGUCACUUGCAUGUUCUUCUCAAAAAAGAGAGUGAAUCAAGAAAAUAAAUUCCUAAGGUUUCAUUCUCAUGACAUGUAAGAUAAAUCCAUGCUCUUUUAUUUCCUUGUACCUGGAUCAAUAUCAAAUAAAAUAUUUUUGAAAAAUGAA